GGCUGCUCUGUAAGACAGAGAAGAAUAAAUUUAAUAGAACUGGGUACGCGCUUUUGCCACGUGUCCGGUCACUCCAACACCCCUGCCACGCUUUAUAAUAGUGUCCACAAUUUCAGUCCAGCCCUCUCUCUGUCUCGUACUAUCGUUUCUUUUACGCUGUUUUUGAGAGUUCAGAGAAAAGAAAAGCAGAAACGAAACACAGUACUUGUUAUUUUUUUCAUUUCCGAAAAUUGAUUUAAGUUUUUGAAAACACAAAAAACUAAAAAUUGUUGUGAAAAAACAUUGUGUAUGGCAGCUUAUGCUUAUAAUAACAAUCAAAUUAAUUUCGUGGAUUUUCCUUUUCGCCCAUUAAACCCUAGCUCCAGUGGCGUACCAAACCCAAAUUUUAAUCAAGCUCCUCUUCCGUAUAAUCCUUUGCUCUUUGUUGUUCCUCCUUUUGGAGUUCCUUUGAAUCCUUCUCUGUUGAUUCAAAUGGACGAGGAAAGAUCGCUCUCUCUUCUUCAGUUGAUCGCAAAUGAAGGACUCGUGCCGGUAAGAGAGGAAGAAGAGAAGAGAAUAAGUGUCAUUAAAAAGCUUAAACAGAUAGUGUUGUCAUGGGCCAAGAAGGUUGCUUGGCAACGUUGACUUCCUAACGAGCAAAUUGCAGAGACUCAUGCAACGAUAUUAACAUAUGGUUCCUAUGGCCUUGGUGUUCACGGUUCAGAGUCGGAUAUUGAUGCUUUAUGUGUUGGCCCCCACUUUGCCACAAUGGCGGAGGAUUUUUUCAUUGUUUUGCGCAACAUGCUUAAGAGCAGAUCAGAAGUUACAGAGAUCCACUGUGUGAAGGAUGCGAAAGUUCCUCUGAUGCGGUUUAAAUUUGAUGGAAUUUUGAUUGAUCUUCCAUAUGCGCAACUUAAAGUACCUUCUGUUCCUGAUGAUGUGGAUGUACUCAAUCCAUUCUUUGUAAGGGAUAUUGAUGAAACCAGUUGGAAAAGUUUGUCUGGAGUACGUGCAAAUCAACGUAUUAUUCAGCUUGUUCCGGACUUGGAGAAAUUCCAAUCAGUGCUGCGAUGUGUCAAAUUAUGGGCAAAAAGGCGAGGAGUGUAUGGUAAUUUAAAUGGGUUUCUAGGAGGAGUCCAUCUGGCAAUUCUUGUGGCAUUUGUUUGUCAAAAUUUUCCAAAAGGCAGUAUAAGUCUUCUGAUUUCAAACUUCUUUAAGACGUUUGGCUUUUGGCCUUGGCCUGCACCAGUCAUGCUGCAGGAUACAAUGUCACCAGCUGGAUUUCCUUCUGAGACACGGUCUUUGAUGCCUAUCAGGUUGCCAUGUAGUCCACAAGAGUAUUGUCAUACCAAUAUCACUAGAAGCACAUUCUACAAAAUCAGAGCAGAGUUUCUCCGAGCACAUAAUUUGACUAGGGAUCUCUUGAGGCCAGAUUUUGAUUGGCACACCCUUUUUGAGCCUUUUCCAUACUCAAAGAAGUAUGCACGAUUUGUCAAAGUUUAUCUUUCGGCUUCUAAUCCUGAUGAUCUGGGAGAUUGGGUGGGUUGGGUGAAGUCACGUUUUCGAGGUCUUCUUGUCAAGUUGGAGGAUGUACAAGGCUUAUGCGACCCUAACCCCACAGAAUAUGCUGAUACUGACGUGGCAGAGCCAAAUGUCGUUUUCUACUGGGGCCUGCAACCUGGUAGAACUCAGUUCUUAGAUAUAGAAUCUGUUCAAAAAGAUUUCUGGAAAAAUAUCACCAACGGCUAUCAAGGCUCUAUUGGACGAAUGAAAUUAUCCAUUGUGCAAGCUUCUCAACUGUUGAGGAAUUCACAGUUUGACACUGGAAGUGGGAAAAGAACAAAAGCUUGUUGGAAGAUUAUCGACUACAAUCUGCAGAGUGUCCCUACUUACUCACAGCAUUUGCCAAACUACUUUGUCGGGUAUGUGGCAGCCAAUGGAGAUACUAAGUACCCAAGUGCUGGGGGUUAAAAUUUUAUUCUGUUCCGGCUUCAAUUUUGUUUUGCUUUUUGCGGAAUUUGAUUUUCAUGGUUUCUCUUACGCUACCAGAUUUUUUAACAAAAUGAAUGAUGUAUGAGUUGCUCAGCAAAUAGGAUAGAUAUAAUACAAGCUGGAUAUUCG